CAAACAGUUGACGUUUUGGCCUCUCGCUCUGUGAACAUUCCCCAUUGACUUACAUUCUGGAUACCUCAUCAGUUAUCAUCAAAUCCAUAUGGAUCAUCUUCUUAUGUAGACGGAUAAGAGCUACGUGAUUAUUUGAAAUGGUUUUCAAAUGGUGGUCUUUUCUUUUCUAUUUUGUGUUCGUUUCGAGAGGAGUUUCUUCAUAUUUCGUCAUGAACAACAGUUGUGGAAUAGAUCAGUUUGAAAAGUCGCCAUCAUUGAACGGAUUCGUGUAUGAAGUGUAUACGCUAGGAAGUCACAACGCCAUUAAUUACUUGACAUGUGCUGUGGAUUGCUUUUAUAAUGUGAAUUGUCUUUCUAUAGUGUUUGAUGAAGACACGUCUUCGUGUUUUAAAUAUUUAACUCACAUGAAGGAUUCCUACACCAGAAGAUCCACCAGCGCGGCAGCGUACCUGCAACUGAAGGAUCCAGACAGUUGUGCAGACAGUGUCGGCACAUGCGAUGUCAAUGCUGUUUGUCUGGACAAACGUCACGAUGACGCCUGUAUGUGCAACCCGGGUUUCUCAGGCGAUGGCGUUACGUGCUCAGAUGAGAACGAAUGUGAUACCGGGUCCACCAACUGUAGCACAAAUGCAGACUGCACCAACAUUGUCGGGUCCUACUCGUGUGCGUGUAAAUCUGGCUUCACUGGCGACGGAAGGACAUGCACAGACGAGAACGAGUAUGACACGGGAUCCAACAACUGUGACCCAAAUGCAGACUGCACCAACAUUGUCGGGUCGUACUCGUGUGCGUGUAAACCUGGCUUUAAUGGCGACGGAAGAACAUGCGCAGACGAGAACGAGUGUGAUACGGGAUCCAACAACUGUGACCCAAAUGCAGACUGCACCAACAUUGUCGGGUCGUACUCGUGUGCGUGUAAACCUGGCUUUAAUGGCGACGGAAAGACAUGCGCGGACAAUAACGAGUGUAGUACCCCCGGCGUCUGUCACGUCAACGCCGACUGCACCAACAGUCAAGGGUCCUACACAUGCCGCUGUAACGACAUGUACGAAGGAGACGGUGUGAACUGCAACCCGAAAGCAAUCAAAGGACAAAUAUGUACACAGACUUCAGACUGUAUCCGAGACAACUUCAUCUGCUCCUCCGGCAUGUGCGACUGUGACGUUGGCUACAGCUACGACAGCACUUCCGGCACCUGCGUCACCACAUGCAGCAACUACGGUACCAACUUCAGCCACCAAUCAACCACCUACUGCAUUUCUGGCUACAACAACGCCGUUAAGAGCGUCAACACCUACAGCGCUUGCAGAGACUAC